AUGCCUGGAAAGCAGUGGGACGAUGAGGAGUCCAGCUCCGCCGAGUCCGCAGCCUCGCCUCAGUUCGGGGCCGUGCGCCGCAACAACAAGUUUGACGAUGAGGAGGCCGGAGACAGUGAUGUCCUAGACUCGUGGGACGCCGCCGAGGACUCGGAGGUCGAGCGCGAGAAGGCCAAGAAGGCUGAGGAGGCCAAGGCCAAGGCCGCCGCCGAGGAGGCCGCCAACAAGAAGUCCAAGAAGCAGCGCAUCGCCGAGCACCAGGCCGAGCGCGCCCGCCAGCUGGCCGAGGCUGGCGACUUCAGCGACGACGACGAGACCGAGGAGCAGAAGCGCGAGCGCCUGCGCCGCACCGAGAAGGAGGCCGACCUCCGCCACGCCGAGGACCUGUUCGGCGACAUCGGCGUGCCCUCGGGCCGCAAGGCCGUCGCCGGCGCCACCGUCAUCACCGUCGACCCCAGCGACCCGACCAGCACCGUCGACAUCGCCACCCUGCCCAUCUUCAGCCCGACCACCAAGACCCAGUUCGAGCAGCUGCGCCAGGUCCUGGCGCCCCUGCUCAUCGCCAACGCCAAGAAGCCGCACUACACCCUCUUCCUCCAGGAGUUCGCCAAGCAGCUGGCCAAGGAGCUGCCCAGCGACCAGAUCAAGAAGGUCGCCAGCACCCUGACCACCCUGAGCAACGAGAAGAUGAAGGAGGAGAAGGCCGCCGACAAGGGCGGCAAGAAGACCAAGGCCGCCAAGACCAAGACCUCUCUUGCCGUCGGCCGCCCCAACGUCGCCGACACCUCUGCGUACGACGACGACGCGUUCGGAGAGUAA